AAGUACAUACUGUGAUAUCUUAUAUUAUAAUGUUCAUUUCUCGCUUGAUUUUUUUUCAGAGACAGCAAUUUCUAUAAUUUGCAAAGUGAUUUUCGAUUAACUAUUUAUGGACAGAAAUUAUAUUACUUGUGGACUAAAUAUUAAACAAAUUUUUUAAUGUUUUUCUAUCUUUUCUUAUUCUUUGAUGCGCGAAGGAAAUACAUAGCUAACGAAAUAUCUUUCUUCGUGUUUACACGAAUCCGUUUCCAUGGCAGCGGAUUUGAAUCUCAGAGAGUGCGUAAAUAUUUGUAUAACGAUAUAUUUGCCGGGGAAGUUGUUAUAUUUUAUAUAUAAUAUUUUUUAUGAAACAUAACGAAAUAUGAUAGAAGCGGUUGAAUCUGACGAGCAAAUUAUUUUGAGCAUAAAAGAAGGAAAGGGUUUUGAACAAGUUUUACAACCAACAUUAUUGAUUGGGACCUUAAAUGGACAUUCUCUAGAAACUGACAAGAUAGAGCCAAGUUCAAAUCCACAGUAUGCGACUGACUUGAUUUGGGAGACCACUAAAACUGCAUUAAGAAAAAUGCGAUCAGGACAAACUCCAUUAAAAUUAGAAUGCUUUGCUUUUAAAGAGAACAAGGCUAAAGAAAGGAUUGGAUAUGUUUUGCUAAGUAUACGUUCUGCACACAUAAUAUCUAAACAUGGAGAUUUGAGUCCAAAGGCAAAUUGGCACAAGUUGUUGGGAUUAAAGAAUGAUCUUAAAAUACAAAAACCUGAAUUACUUCUCACAUUAAGAGUUGAAAAUAGAAAAAGUACAGAUUCAAACUCAAUGAUAGAGAUAAGCAAUUUGAUGACAGAAAAUGAAGUCAUUUUGCAAAGUGAUAAAAUAAUACCUUAUUUGCAUCCUGAUGAGCAAUUGAUUCAAGUGGGCCCUCCAAAUAUCUGUUGUGAAUUAUUCUUAUUGAGUAUCACAGCCACGUGUACAGAGAACUUAUAUCUGUUAUUACCUGAACCUCUAAGCAAUCAUGGUGUUGUGCGUUUUUUAUAUCGAGUUUUAGAAAAUGAUGUAGAACUGAAACCGUUCAAUAUAGAAUUUGAAGGAUCUUGUAUUUUUCAUGAAAAAGUGAUAGUGAAAAUACAAAGUUCUUUGAGUGUAUUAAAACAUUACCUACAAUCAAAGCCACAUUUUUUAAUAUUUUUGAAACAUGAAGAUAGUAUAAUAGCUGAAUCAUUGGUUAAUCUGCAAUCACUAAUACCUGUGGACAGUCUGCAAGAAUUUCUCAAAUGUACUACAAACGCGAGUAUUAUCUUACAUGAACGAUGUUUUCUAACUAAACUAGACGCAAUAGAGAAACCCAUUGAAAACCAAUAUCAAAAAUCCUAUCUCGAUUUACAAUUUGAACUGCAAUAUAUUGGAAGUAAAAUUGACAUUGUGCGUGAUUCUGAUACAAUAAUAAGUCCCAACAAUCCUAUAAUAUCUUGUAUUCAAUAUCAUAAUGAAGAAAAUACGAAUAAUAUCGGUCAGAGAUGUCCAGAGAUAGAAUCUCAUAGAAAUCCUAGCGGCGAUUUUGGAAAAAUUAAUUUCAAGAAUACACCUCGUGAAGUGAAACUGUUGGGUGCAACAGAAUGCAAAAAUAUAAAUGAACAGUCUGAUUGUCAGUGCGUGAAACAUCAAAUGGAUAAAAUUACAUAUUCACGCUCGUGUAAUGCGAUAUCUUGCAACUGCAUUAAUAACGAUUUCAAAUCUAUAGGAUCUUACCAUUGCUAUUGUCUAUAUAUUUCACUUGCGGCAAUAACAUUGGUAUCUACAAAAUUAUCUGGACGUCAAAUUGAAUUUCGAUUUCAUCAUCCAAAAGCCGAUAUCACGUCAAUGAUACAUGCGACAAUGCCAGCUUUAUCUGGCGAAAAAGUUAAAUUACAAGAAAUUGGAUGCCAAUUUCAUUUUAUAUCUACGCCAGACGAAAUAAAACAAUUAUUAAAAUCUUUUCCACCAAAGAUCAGUAUGUACGAUACGAACGGAAGCGCUGAACCAUUAUCGCUAUCGACGCUUGAUGUAAAACCUUUAUUUCAUCAGGAUAAGCCUGAGUGUCAAUAUAAAUUACCUCUGUAUGAUACAGAUCAAUGUAAAAUUGGUGAAAUAGACAUUUUACUUAAACUAGAGAAUCGUGGACCGCACUUUAUAUUAAAGAAAGAAACUAUUGGUAAAAAUCUAGGCCCACCAAUAUUGGAUGACAGCUUAGCAUAUAAAAUAGUAGAUGAGCUUGAAACAUGGAAGGAACGACAGAAGGAAAUGUUUAAAGCCGAGCUUAAGAGAAAGGAAGAACGUCAUCUGAACAUAUUGAGCGAGGAAUGGCAAAAACAAAAAGAGAAUCUAGAAUCGAAACUCGCAUGUAGCGUCGAGCAAUGUAAGAUACUAGCUAACAGCUUAAACAAUGCUACGGAAGAUUUAAGAACGCGCAGAUUAAAAAGUCUAGAAAACGAGACCAGAUUAAUUAAAGCAAACGAAGAUUUACAAUGGAGAUAUGAAACUAAGUUACAAGAGCUUAAAGAUUCCUUGGACGCGAUGCAAAAUGAUCUUACAUCAAAGAUAACCAAAUUAGAAGAGAAGAAAAUUGCUUUAGAAGCGCAAGUAGAAAUAUUAUUGUAUGAAAAUGAAACUUUGAAAUCAUCAACAAGUAAACAGGCGGAUGAAUUGCAAAUGUAUCAAAAGGCAUCUUUAACUAAGGAUCAAACAGCGUCUUUGUUGCAAGAAUUAAAAAUUCUCGAAGAAAAAUUAGACAAUGCCCAAAAGGGAAAAUCAUUUUUUAAAGAACAAUGGGGAAAAGCAGUUCGUGAGAUACACAAAAUGAAAGUAGAUCAUCAACAAGCCAUGCAAGUUCAAAUCAAGAAUAGUAAAGAAGAGCUGAAAAAUGUGGAUCUGGCCGAAAUUUUAGAUACAAGAGCUUUAAAUAACGAUCAAAUCUUGCUGAAGGAACUUCAGAAAGAGAUUGAUGUGAUCAAGCCGAAAAAAUCCUUUGCUCCGAAAGAAGAUUACAAUCAAAUAUUUAGAAUUAAUGACGUUUACUCCAAGAUUUCUUGCAAUAAUAAUAAAAUCAGAUCUGACAAAUCAGAAGAAUACAAUGACCGGUUGCAGGCAUUGAGGGAGGAACGCGAUUCUCUUUUAAAAACCGGAAGUUACGCGGCCGACGAUAUAGUGAUUAAAAAACUUAACACAGAGAUACGAUCCUUAUUGGUAAACAGGUAGCAAAUUUAUAUUCUGGCUUAACAUUUGUUGGUUAAUAUAUUUCUAUGUUAUGCAGGAAAACAUACAUACGAUUUUCGAAUAAAAAUUUGUGAUUGUACA